UUUCUUCCUAUUCUCUCCCAAAGUAAUGUAAUUUGGGAAAUUCUGAUUCUGCCUUCAAAUUCAAUUGCUGCAUACUUUGCAAUCUUUUUUCUAUUCUGCAAUUCCUUUUUUCGUACCGCUUCCCCCAAAUUCUUUGGUUUCACUUUAUUGGCUUCAAAAUUUAAUUUUUUUUAAUACUUGACUUCCCUGCGAGGUUUCUAGAACCAGUGGGGGUGUUAGAAUGAGCACUGAAAGUGCUGAACAUGAGGCAGUUGCAGCAUCUGCUUGUGAUGUUAGUGUUGAUAUUGAAGGAGUUGUUUUGUCCAAUGGAGAUGUAAAUGGAGAUCUGGGUGUUGUUAGCAGCAGGAUGCUUACAAGGAUGGAUUUGAGUUUGGCAUAUUUCUCUGAGAAAGUUUCCAACUUGAGUAUUCUUGCGAUGCAUCUAGCAACCAUGGAGAGUGAAUUUGAGGCCAUAGUUUUGGAGAAGGGUCACAUGGAGCUUGGGUUUUUUGAAAAGGGUCUUGAAUUUGAUUUGUUAUCUGGGGUGUUGGAUUCAGAGGUUAGAGAGUUGGAUGGAUUAUUGGACACUUUUCAAGCUGGGAUUGCUGAAGUUAGAGAGAGGGUGUUUUCUUGCACUCACAUUGGUGAUGCUUUCAUGGCAAUGCAAGACAAGUUGCUUGAUUGUGAACAAUAUUUGAGGCAGACUGAAGAACAGUUUACUGAAAUUAAGAUACAGUCAGCUAGUUUCCAGAGGAAUUUGUCUUCUUUUAAGAAGGCAGAAAAUGGUAAUGGUGAAGAGGGUGAAAUUGUCAGAGAGGAUGGUAAAUCUUUGAAUGUAAAUGCAGAGAUAAAACUGCAAACAAUUGAGCAACAAAGACAUAUUCUGAGAAUGCUAGAGAAAUCCUUGGCAAGAGAAAUGGAUCUUGAGAAGAAUUUCUAUGAUUCGAGAGAAAUUCAAGAAAAGCUAAGACUGAGAAUGUUCUCUUUGGAACAAGAAGUGGAUUACAUGGAGGAAGAAGCAAUUGAUGUUUGGGAAAAAUUGUUUGAGGCGGACAAUGCAUGUGAGAUCCUGAUGGGAAUUUCAAAAGGCCUGUUGGGUAGACUCCAGAUUUCUCAGUUCAAUUUGAAUGGUGUAAGUCAUCGUGAAUCUGAGCUUCGAGCUAAGCUUGAAACUUUUGCCGAACAACCGAAAGCCAGAGAUAUUACUUUCGACAAGAUUGAAAGCAGCACUGCUGAACUAAACAGCUCUCUUCUUGGUCCAACAAACGGUGCAAAAGCUAACCUGAAAGAUGCUGAAGAUAAACUAAUUCUUGCCAAUUCUGACGUCUUCACUUUAAGUGAAAAAGUAUCUUUACUUGAGAAGCAGCUAAAAGAAUCUGAAUUUCAGCUACUGAAUGUGAAGACCUCUGCUGAUGAAUAUCAGAAGCAGUAUAAUGUUGGGUGUUCUGAAGUAAGAGAUAUGGGAAAUCUUAUUGUCGAACUGAAAGAAACUGUAUCUAUAGCUGAAAGUCGGGCUAAUAGUGCAGAAGCUAAGUGUAAGUUAUUGUCAGAGACUAAUUCAAAACUCGAAGAAAAGAUGGCUCUUCUGGAAGGUGGAGGAGUCAUGUCUAUGAGAGUGGAUUUGCUUGAGAGGCAGCUAAAGGAAUCUAAUGUACAAUUGCAGAAUACAGUAGCAUCUGCUGAAGCUAGUGAGGAGAAACAAAAUAUGUUAUAUUCCACAAUUAGAGAUAUGGAAAAUUUAAUAAAGGAUCUUAAGUCCAAGGUAUCUAAAGCUAAGAGUCGGGCCGACAGUGCAGAGGAGAAUUGUAUCAUACUGUCUGAAUCUAAUGCUGACUUAAAUGAAGAACUUAGCUUCUUGAGGAGUAGAUUGGAAUGCUUGAUGGGUUCUCUGCACCGAGAGGAGGAAGCAAAAAUGGCAACUGCAAAGGAUGUUGGAAAGCAGACUAAAGCUUUAAAAAAUUUGGUUACACAGCUGGCUAUUGAGAGAGAGCGUCUCAAGCAGCAGUUAUCUUCCCUAGCAAGUGAGAACAAAAUUUUGGUAGUGAAGCUAAAGCAGACAUUUAAGUAUCCUUCUUAAGAAGUUAGUGAGACUUCAGCCACUGGCCAUGAGUUUUGCUUUCCCAGGUGUUAAUUAAGUGAAGCCUCAGCUUCUAUACCAGAUGGUAGGAGUGUGGAGAAUAGAUGCAGGAAUUCUUGAUUUUUCAUAUCAGUUCUUGGUUUACUGGUUUCAUCUCAUCUGUUAUUAAUUUGUAUUUCAACGUAAAUUUGUUGGCUGUUCAUGUAUUAAUUGU